CGUGCACCUGAGAGCUCUUUGGUGCGGAGCAGAGCCUGGUUUGCGGGGCUGCAGCGGUGUUAGAGGAGACUGCAGCCACCUGCCCUUAAAAUGAUGGAACGUCAGCCCCUGCAGCAGAACGCAAACCCAUCCCUGAGCCAGGCCUGGGCUCUGAAACUCACUGGCAAUAAGCUAAGAAGAGCUUCCACCCUCCAAGGAACCUGUACAACAAAACUGUUCCAGUCCAGCAGGAAAAAUGAAAUGGAGAAAGCAAUUCUAAGGAAGCCUGGCUUAAAAGGAGGCUAAAGGAUUGGGCCUGAGGCAUAUGGAAAUCGUCUCAGUAUGAACGCCAGUGGGAGCUGAAGCACACGCAAGAAAUGAAAAAUGAUGUACCAAGAAGACAUGUCUAUUUAAUCUCCAGCUUGAUUCCUAGUUGACUGUGACUCAUGGAACCCAUCAAAAAUUGGGACAGCAUCCCAACCAAUGACAGUGUCUACGAGAUCAUCCUCAAGAACAGCUCUAAUUCCAGCUCCCAGUUUACAGGUGUCCAGCUCAUCCAGUCCUUCAAACCCCUCAUCAUCCCAUGCUACACCCUAGUGGUACUGAUUGGCAUCUUUGGCAACUAUCUUCUCCUUUAUGUCAUCUGCAAGACCAAGAAGAUGCACAACGUCACCAACUUCUUCAUCGGGAACCUGGCUUUCUCGGACAUGCUGAUGUGUGCUACAUGCGUCCCUUUUACCCUGGCCUACGCCUUCAACCCUCAGGGCUGGAUCUUCGGGAAGUUCCUAUGUUACUUUGUGUUCCUGAUGCAGCCCAUGACUGUCUACGUGUCCGUCUUCACACUCACUGCCAUUGCCGUAGAUAGGUACUAUGCCACGGUGCACCCUCUGAAGAAGCGCAUCUCUGUCACCAGCUGUGUGUAUGUGGUGGGGGGAAUCUGGCUGCUGUCCUGUGCCCUGGUGGCCCCGGCCAUCGCCCACACCUAUCACGUGGAGUUCCAGCGCGAGGGCUUUACCAUCUGCGAGGAGUUCUGGAUGGAGGAGGAGAAGGAGCAUCUGGCCUAUGCAUACAGCACUCUCAUCAUCACCUAUAUCCUGCCCCUCUCGGCUGUCUCCCUCUCCUACAUCUGCAUCACUGUCAAGCUUAAGAACCGGGUGGUGCCCGGCCACCCAACGCAGAGCCAGGCAGAAUUUGAGCGGGCACGUAAGAGGAAGAUCUUCCGCCUCCUCGUGCUGGUGGUAGCUGCCUUUGGGAUCUGCUGGCUCCCCAUCCAUGUCUUCAACAUCCUGCGUGACAUAGACAUCAACCUCAUCAACAAGCACUACUUUCUGCUCAUCCAGCUGCUCUGCCAUUGGUUUGCCAUGAGCUCUUCCUGCUGCAACCCUUUUCUGUAUGCCUGGCUGCAUGACCGCUUCCGCAGUGAGCUGAAAAAGAUGUUCACCUUCAAGCAGAAGAUCAUUCCCACCAACCACUGUGUGGCCAUGAGCGUGAUGCUCUGA